AGAUUGUCCCGAGCCUUUGGCAUCUCCGGGAGCCGGAAAGAGCUGCGGGAGCACCGCCAGGCCCGGGCUGCGGACCGGCCCCGAUUCUCUGCUGCCGAAUCCCCAAACCAGCCCAACGGAGCCCUCGGAGAGCGCGAUGGACGAGUGGGAUCUCCCACAAUGGAAAAAAGAGGUGGAAAGCCUCAAGUACCAGCUGGCCUACAAGAGGGAGAUGUCCUCCAAGACUAUACCUGAGUUCGUGAAGUGGAUCGAGGAUGGAAUUCCCGAGGAUCCCUUCCUGAACCCGGAGCUGAUGAAGAACAACCCCUGGGUGGAGAAAGGCAAAUGCAUCAUCCUCUGAGGCAGAGUUUGCAUUCCUCAGCCCCAGCUCCAACACAGAACCCCAACAAAAGCCCUGCCCGCUCCUCCUUUCCUCUCUUGUAGCUGUAGAAGGGUUUUAGAAAUGGGGGGAACACGGGGAAACGCCCCAGGAGGGGCAGCCUGGGGGGAGGAGCAGCAAAAACUGCUCCAGGGGCAUGCUGCAGCUUCAUCUCACACUACACCAACCCAAAAAAGGCAGGUUUUUGCAACUUGUAAAGAAGCUUUUUAUCAACCCCCCCAUUUUUAGUGGUUUUAGAUACUUUUGUACGCUGUAGGAUAUUGCUUCACAGCAAACCAGGCAGAAUCUGGCACCUCGAGGUUUAUGACUGAAAUAAACAGAGCAAUACUUCACUACU